AUGUACUGGGCCGUUCGCACUACCCUCUGUAGUGCCUUGCGGUCGGAGGCCGCAGCUAUGCUCCCAUUACACCCUCUUCUAUCCAACAUAAGUGUAUAUUUCAUAUAUGACCACGGUUAAGAGUGACUGGUGAGAGAUGUGUCUGCUGUAAAGUCUCUCCAGGUGGUGCAUCAGGGGGCUAAGGGUCUGAGACAGGUGCUGAACAUGCGUCCUACAGCCAAGUCCCUGGAGGUGUUUGGGGAGGUGUUCAGCAGCAGGCCCAACAGAGAGGACAAGACAUAUAGCAGGACCAGACCACCCAUCAAGAGAGCCAUAGAGCAGGCAGAGCUCAGGAACAACUAUGCUCCUAUUUGUGCAGGAACAACUAUGCUCCUAUUGUGAUUGGAAGGAUGCAGUACUGUAGUAUUUCAACAGUGAUGGGGUUUAUGUUCGCAGAAGUCUGUGAUACAAUAUCGCCCUCACAUGGUGGAUAACGGGAACUGCAUACCGUAUGUAUAAUGUAUACACCUCUAUAGAAUCACUUUAAAACAGUCCCCUUUUUUGCUAUUAUUUUGUAUACAACAUUUGUCAUAGCGUUGAGGUCAUCCUCAGUUGUAGGCUUAUGAGAAUAUAAGAAUACAAGCUGUAACAGCCAGAUUGAACAUAGCAUUAAAAAAAAAAAAUCUUAAUCUUUCUGAAACAUUGUGGGAACGAGCAUCUGGUCCUAAAAUGUAAAGAAAAUGUAUAAAACAUGUUGUUUUGAAUAACAAACCUAAAUCUAUUUUAAACAAUUUAACAAGCACUUUUAAAAUAAAGUAAAGUAUGUGCUGCUUUGCUCUUGUCCCAACGCUCAAAGGGCGUCACACACUAUUUAGCACGUGAUUUAAAAUAAAUAUUGGCGUCUUCAAUGAAGCGGCAAGUGCACUUUGAACAACUGAAACUGUUUGUCUCUUGCAUGCAAAUCCGUAUCACUUUUGUAGAUUAUAUAUCUUGGAACUUGCUACCUUCAAAAGCGACUUUUUUUUUUUAAUACAUUUCAUAUUUUAAAUAAUCGAUAUAGGCUAAACUUAUUGCGUCUGGGAUGUCUGACUGCGAUAUUUCUAGCGGCUUUCUGCAAAUCAAUGAUCAAAGCAGUUUUAUGCUUCAAAGAUGCGAGAGCUCUGGUGAUGAAGAUGAUGACUGGAGACUAAAAAGAAGGGACAAUAACAGGGUGGCAGCACAGAAGAGCCGAAAAAGACAGACACAGAGAGCAGAUGAGCUGCAUAAGGCAUAUGAGUGUCUGGAUCAGAAGAACAGGCGGCUGAAGAAGGAGGUACAGUUUCUGUCUGAGGAGCAAAGGCGUCUGACUGAGGCACUCAAGGCCCAUGAGCCUCUCUGUCCAAUCAGGCACUGUGUUCCCACCCUCGGGUCAGGGCCCUGGGAUGUAGGGGUCCUCUCCAGUCUGCCCAGAUAGCCACCAUACCAUGCAAAGACCACAGAGACAAACCAACAUGGGAGACUUGUAAACAGUUAACAGGUUAGAUUAUGCAUGUCCUCUGUCCUUUGUACUCUCUGUGUCAAUUAGUUUUGUAUAGCUUGAAUCAAGUUGUAAUCAAAUAAUUAUAGGAUGAAGUAAUGAGCUUUGUUUCAGAUGUUCAAAUUGCUUGUCCUGUUUAAAAUGUUUUGUAUAAUAAAUUGCAAAUACAUUGCAUAUCCCUCUGCCAUGA